AGGACGGGGUUGGGAGGGGGGUGCUCUGGGCAGACAGCACCAGCAGAUGAACACGUUUUGGAGCCGGUGACGUCUGCUCCGGCAUCGCCGAGGGAAGAAAACAGGCGGCAGAGCGUGAGUCCGGCCCUGCGGAGCAGAGCUGGCUCCCGGCCGGCUCGGGCAUCGUGCCCGCCAUGCCUGACCCGGGCCGGCCGGUGGGGCCGCGGGGGGCCGGGGGGCUCUGCUGAGCCCCCGGCCAUGGGGCCGUGGCGGUGGUCGCUGCUCUGGUGCUUACACGUGGCGCUGGUCCGCGGCACCGUCCUCGCGGGGGGCCAGAACUCGCGAGAAAGACCCCCGCGGCCGGCGGGAUGGUCCCCGGCCCCGUCAUCCUCCUGGGCACCCACGCCGGAGCCGGGAUCGUCGAGGGACCCCGAGGGCUCGGCGGCGGCGUUGGCUUUCCUGCAGACGGGCGAUGCGCAGAGGCUGGCCCGGGCCAACUGCAGCCGGGGUGUCGCGGCGGGGGCAGCGGGUCCCGGCCCCCCCCCCGCGCUACGUUCCGCCUUGCGUGCCGCCCCCGAGGCGCUGGCCCACGCCGCCAAUUUCCUCAACAUGCUCUUCCAGACCAACGACAUCCGCGAAGCCAGCGUGGCCGAGGACGUGGAGUGGUACCAGGCGCUGGUCCGCAGCCUGGCAGAGGGGCACCCGUGGGUGCGCCGGGCGGUCCUCGCCCUCGACGCCCACCCGCUGGCCGCCAAGCCCCGGCUGAUGCUUCAGGCUACCAAAGGGGACGGUGAGAUCCUGCUGCAGGACGUCUCCGCCACCGCUCCCGGCCUCGGAAACCUCAGCUGGGACAACGAGUGGUUCAACUCCUUCAAGUCCCAGCGGAACCCCGUCCUCCGCAAGCGGGUGCUCAGCAAUGACCUGCGCAGCAUGGAGACCCCCAAGUGGCAGCGGGGCGACAGCUACGUGGGGGAGCCGGGCCACGUGCGGUGGUCCCCCCCGUUCCUCGAGUGCCGGGACGGCAGGUUCCUGCCCGCCUGGGCGGUCACGCUCUCCUCCGCUUUCUACGGGCUCAAGCCAGACCUUAGCCCUGAGUUCAAGGGCGUCGUGCGGGUGGACAUUGAGCUGCGGGACGUGGCCAUCGACCAGUGCGCCAGCGGGCCGGGCUGGUUCGCGGACACGCACCGCUGCGACCUCAACAGCACCCAGUGUGUCCCCCAGGAGAGCCGUGGCUUCGUCCUCGGGAGGUACUUGUGCCGGUGCAAGCCGGGUUUUUACGGGGCCGGCGGAGCUGCCAGCGGUGCCCGGGCAGGGACGGCGGGGAGCGCGGCGGGGGCGGAUGGGGGGUCCCGGCUGGCGUGCCGGCCCUGCCGCCAGGGAUGCACCACCUGCGAGGACGACAUGCCCUGCCUGAUCCAGGAGGACCGGGCGCUGCGGGCAGCCAUCCUCUCCUGCCAAGCCUGCUGCAUGCUGGCCGUCUUCCUCAGCAUGCUCAUCUCCUACCACUUCCGACGGAGCAAGAGGAUCCGGGCGUCGGGAGUUGUCCUCCUGGAGAUGAUCCUUUUCGGGUCCCUCCUCCUCUACUUCCCCGUAUUCAUCCUGUACUUCAAGCCGAGCAUCUUCCGCUGCAUCGUCCUGCGCUGGGUGCGCAUGCUCGGCUUCGCCAUCGUCUACGGCACCAUCACCCUCAAGCUGUACAGGGUGCUGAAGGUGUUCCUGUCCCGCACGGCCCAGCGGGUGCCCUACGUGUCGAGCCAGCGGGUGCUGAAGAUGCUGGGGCUGAUCCUGCUCCUGGUGCUGUGGUUCCUGGCAGCCUGGACCAUCGGGAUGCUGGAGAACGUCGACAAGAACAUCCCGCUGGUGAUCCGCACCCAGACCGCCCGCGGGCUCCACUUCUACAUCUGCGGCCACGACCGCUGGGAUUACAUGAUGGUGAUCGCCGAAAUGCUGUUUCUGCUCUGGGGCAGCUUCCUUUGCUACGCCACGCGCACCGUGCCCUCCGCCUUCCACGAGCCCCGCUACAUGGGGAUCGCGCUCCACAACGAGCUCAUGAUCUCGGCCACCUUCCACGUGGUCAGGUUCAUCAUGGUCCCAUCGCUGCACCCCGACUGGACCCUGCUGCUCUUCUUCGCUCACACCCACAGCACCAUCACCAUGACGCUGGCGCUGGUCUUCAUCCCGAAGUUCCUGCACGCCGGCUCGCCGCUGCGGGAGGAGAUCGCGGCCGAGGUCUACGAGGACGAGCUGGACAUGCGGCGCUCGGGCUCCUGCUUGAACAGCAGCAUCGCGUCCGCCUGGAGCGAGCACAGUCUUGACCCCGAUGACAUUCGGGAGGAGCUGAAGAAGCUUUACUCCCAGCUGGAGGUGCACAAGAGGCGGAAGAUGGCAGCCAACAACCCCCACCUCCCCAAGAAGCGCAGCUCCCGCCGCAGCUUGGGCCGCUCCAUCGCGCGCCGCGUCGCCGAGCUGCCCGAGGCCGCGGCACGCCGUAGCGGCGGAGGGGAGCGGGCGGGCACCCCGGCACGCCGCGGUUCCUCGGCCAAGCGGCUCCCCGACGCCGGCGGCGCCAGCCUACGGAUGCGGGAUGACGGUUCCCGGCGCCGCGCCGCGGCCCCGCGCAAGUCCCGCGGCGCCGAGGGUCCUGCGCAGGAGCCCCGGGAAGGCUCGCCCAUCCCCGGUCCCCACGGGGAACCCACGCCGGGGAGGAAGAUGAUGGCGGAGACGACCUCGGACCGAUCCGACAGCGAGUCCCUCGAUGCCGCCCCGCUCAUGUGCAAGUCAGCCAGCGCCCACAACCUGGCGGGGCACGGGCAGCAGCCCCCCUCGCCCCGCGCAGCCCCUUUGCAGAAGUCGCUCAGCGUCGUCGCCGGUGCGCGGGAAGAGGCCCUGCUCGCCGCCAGCCGAGCUGCGCAGCAGGAGCGGUACGCCAGCCGGCACCUCUCUGCCCGGUCCUCGGAGCGCCCCACGGACCAGGGGGUCCCCGAGAAAGCCGAGAAGCCCCAAAUCCCCGGUGCAGCUGAUGCCCUCCUGCCAGCCAGCUCCAGCCCCGCCGAGGGAUGCCCCCAGAAGGACGCGUCCACCCCGGGCGACGGCAAGGUGCAGAAGCACAUCACCUACGCGCCCAUCAAGAGCAUCAGCAUCGACGGCUCCCACCUCCCGGGGCGGGUGCGGGUGGCGGUGAGGAGGACCCCGCCGCCACCCCCGGUCCGCUACCAGAGCCUGGGGCAGCACGCCGCGCCGGCCGGUGACAGCCCGGAGCCAGCGGAGCUGCCUGCGGAUUCCCCGGCACGGGCGGGAGAGCCAGAGAGGACACCGGAGGGAUCUGCGGAGGAAAAGCUGGGGCGUGCGUCCCCCCCGGCGGGGAAGGGCAGGCUGGUGACCUCAGCCUCCAUCCCGGCACAGGUCUGCCCCUGGGAGCUGGUCCAGGAGGAGAUCCUGAGCCAGAAGCAAAAAGCUGCCGAAGCAGCAGACGCGGGGACCCCCGGUGACACAGCGGCCACCCCCUCCAGCCUCAAGCCAUCCUCCCAGAAGACCUCCCUCCGGGGCUUGGGACUGGCCAUGAAAGCCUUCAAUCGCUCCAGGGGGAAAAGCAUCCUGAGGGGGAAGAGGGAGGGUGAGGGGAGCCUCAGGAAGAAGGGGCGCGAGUGGGAGGGGGGCAGCAGGAGGGAGAGGCCCGGCCUGGCAGAGAUGUCAGUUGUGUCCCUCGGGGGGAUUAGCCGAGACCCUGCCGCCAAAAGCCCCGAAUGGAGCAGGCAGAGGCCCGGCAGCGAGCCCACCGCCCGCCCGUGGCAGGGGGACGCGGUCCCCUGCCAGCACAACAACAAUGCCGGCACCGCCUGGGAAGCUGCAGGCUGGGGGGACGGUGGGACAGAAGGACAGUGGGACAGCCCAGCCCCGGGGACAGGCGAUGGUGAGGAUCUGGCAGAGAAGCCCAGCGCUCUGCAGGGGGAUGGAGAUGCUGGUGGGGGCCCAGAGCCACCCUCAGGGGGGCACAAAGUCCUACUCGGUGUUGGCCGCCAAGAAGGAGCCGAAUAUCCCCAGGAAACCCCGGCGGUGGCCGGCAGUGGGAAAACACAGAUAUGUCCCCAGCCAGGGGCCAAGGUUCCCGUGGCAGAGCUGGGAAAGGAUGCUCCUGCAGCCGUCGUGAGGUUGAUCACACCAAAGGAACGGGGGGCCAGGCCAGAUGAAGGGCUUGAGGAGAGCAGCAGGUCCCUCCAUCCCCAGGACCGCACAGAGGUGGAGUGGCCACAUGCAAAACCCAUCGCGAGCAGCCCCCACCCGUCCACCACCGGUGUGGAGAGAGCGGCUGCUGAGAAGUUGAGGGCUGAGGUUUGUUCCCGGGAAGCCCCGGGCAUCCCAGCGGGAAGAGGAGCCUUGCUGCGUCAGGAGGCAAUUGCUUCCCGGGAGGAGAGAGGGGUCCCACCGGGCGAGGAGAGCCCAGCCAAGGUGCUGGAGAAGGGGAGCAGCCAGCCUGAGCCCCUCAGUCCCGGGGGGAGCUGGGGCACCGAGAGGGUCCCCCCAAGGAGCCGGAGCGCAGAAGUGGCCCCGGCUGCAGUGGGGAAAGCCAGCAGGGCAGCGGGCAGGCAGGCAGAGGUCUGUCCUGGGGAAACUCGGGCAGAUUCCAGCAUUAAAAUAGAAAUCUGCCCCUGGGAAGAGAGCGGGGGUGAGCACCGGGGGCCGGGCAGAGCCCCGGGGAAGGGCAGCAGUGAGGUGGAUGCUGGCUACCCCAGGGAAGAGCUGGGCAUGGAGAAACCACUAGCAAAAAGCCCAGAGCUGCUGAAAGUGGCUUUGGAGAAGUCAAGCAGUGUGGAGGGCAGGAGGGCUGAGGUUUGUCCGUGGGAGACCGGGGACGGGGGAAGGACUGUCAGAGCAGAAAUCUGCCCCUGGGACGUGGAGGGGGCUCAGCUGGAGAAAGAGAGGCAGGAAGGAGAGAGCAUCAGACCAAAAUCACUGGGUUUGCUGAGAGCACAGAAGAGCCGGAGCAGCCUGCAAGUGCCCAGCCAGCCCUGGGGCAGCACCAGCAGCGAAGAACCCCCAUCGAAACCUGCUCCCAAAAGCUCUGAGCUUUGCUUAGACGGAACAGCCUUAUCCGAUGCAGGAAAAUUAGAUGAUGGUAAAAUUUCCCAAAUGAAGAAAGGGAUUUCCCCGCAGAGAGCGGCCCUGAGCGGCACUGGAGAGACAGCUCUGGCUGCAGACAAGGGGAGCAGCCAGCGGGGAUCUUCCCACCCCGGGGAAGGUGCGGAGCAGCCUGGCACAGGGCUCACAGCAAAAAGCCCAGCUCUGCCCAAAACAUCAUUGACGCAAGCAGGAACCAUUGACAGCAAAAAGGCCAACAUUUGUCCGUGGGAAGUGGAAGAUGAGCCUCUUGCUAAAACAGAAAUCUGCCCUUGGGAAGAGCCUGCAGCUCCACUGGGGAAGGAGAGACAGAGUCAGGACACACAUGGGACUUCCAAAGGGAAAAACAAACCAGGAUCUGGAGGACUUGAAGAUAUCAAAGCAAAACUGGCAGAGAUGGGUGGCCAUGGGUCAGAGCGCAGGGACACCGGGAUCUUUGCAAAGCUCAUUAGGAAAAGCCUAGAGAAUUCAAAAGCUGAGUCCAAGAAAUCCCAGAGCGUGGAGAGCAUAAUGGAGGAGGUCUGUCCCUGGGAGAGCUUGGGCACAGAGCAGCUCGCAGAAAAACCCCAUGUCAGGAGCCCAGCGCUGCCCAAAUCACCUUCAAAGAAAUCCCAGAGCGUGGAGAGCCUGAAGGCAGAGGUCUGUCCUUGGGAGGUUCAGGAGGUUGAAUCCACUGAUAAAGCAGAAAUCUGCCCCUGGGAGACGGCUGCACCUCCCUCCGAUCAACCAAAGGCAAAGCUGGGUGCUGGGGGGGGUUCAAAGGGGGACAAGCGCAUCACGCGCCAGGCAGCGCUUGCCAGCCCAGUGAGAUCCCUGGAGAAGGGCAGCAGCGAGCGAGAGGCCGUGUGUCCCUGGGAGAGCUUGGGCACGGAGCAGCACCCAGAAAAACCCCGCGCCGGGAGCCCAGCGCUGCCCAAAUCGCCUUCAAAGAAAUCCCAGAGCGUGGAGAGCCUGAAGGCAGAGGUCUGUCCUUGGGAGGUUCAGGAGGUUGAAGCCAGUGAUAAAGCAGAAGUCUGCCCCUGGGAAACGGCUGCUCCACCAUUAAGUAAAGAGAAAUCAAGACAGGACAAAGAUGUUCUGUCCAUAGCGAGCAAAAGCCCUUCUACAAGUCAUGGCCUCUGCAAAGAGGUUGGAGACAGCACGUCUGGAAAGAAGGAGAAAGCAAGCAGGGACCAUGAGUCCAUCUGCCCCUGGGAGACCCUGGGCACAGAGCAGCUCCCAGCAAAACCCCGCGCCGGGAGCCCAGCGCUGCCCAAAUCGCCUUCAAAGAAGUCCCAGAGCGUGGAGAGCCUGAAGGCAGAGGUCUGUCCUUGGGAGGUUGAAGCCAGUGAUAAAGCAGAAAUCUGCCCCUGGGAGACGGCUGCUCCACCAAGUAAAGAGAAAUCAAGACAGGACAAAGAUGCUCUGUCCAUAGCGAGCAAAAGCCCUUCUACAAGUCAUGGUCUCUGCAAAGAGGUUGGAGACAGCACGUCUGGAAAGAAGGAGAAAGCAAGCAGGGACCGUGAGUCCAUCUGCCCCUGGGAGACCCUGGGCACAGAGCAGCUUGCAGACAAAUCCCGCGCCGGGAGCCCAGCGCUGCCCAAAUCGCCUUCAAAGAAAUCCCAGAGCGUGGAGAGCCUGAAGGCAGAGGUCUGUCCUUGGGAGGUUCAGGAGGUUGAAGCCACUGAUAAAGCAGAAAUCUGCCCCUGGGAAACGGCUGCUCCACCAUUAAGUAAAGAGAAAUCAAGACAGGACAAAGAUGUUCUGUCCAUAGCAAGCAAAAGCCCUUCUACAAGUCAUGGCCUCUGCAAAGAGGUUGGAGACAGCACAUCUGGAAAGAAGGAGAAAGCAAGCAGGGACCGUGAGUCCAUCUGCCCCUGGGAGACCCUGGGCACAGAGCAGCUCCCAGAAAAAUCCAGCACUGGGAGGCCAGCGCUGCCCAAAUCGCCUUCAAAGAAAUCCCAGAGCGUGGAGAGCCUGAAGGCAGAGGUCUGUCCUUGGGAGGUUCAGGAGGUUGAAGCCACUGAUAAAGCAGAAGUCUGCCCCUGGGAAACGGCUGCUCCACCAUUAAGUAAAGAGAAAUCAAGACAGGACAAAGAUGUUCUGUCCAUAGCGAGCAAAAGCCCUUCUACAAGUCAUGGCCUCUGCAAAGAGGUUGGAGACAGCACGUCUGGAAAGAAGGAGAAAGCAAGCAGGGACCAUGAGUCCAUCUGCCCCUGGGAGACCCUGGGCACAGAGCAGCUCCCAGCAAAACCCCGCGCCGGGAGCCCAGCGCUGCCCAAAUCGCCUUCAAAGAAGUCCCAGAGCGUGGAGAGCCUGAAGGCAGAGGUCUGUCCUUGGGAGGUUCAGGAGGUUGAAGCCAGUGAUAAAGCAGAAAUCUGCCCCUGGGAGACGGCUGCUCCACCAAGUAAAGAGAAAUCAAGACAGGACAAAGAUGCUCUGUCCACAGCGAGCAAAAGCCCUUCUACAAGUCAUGGCCUCUGCAAAGAGGUUGGAGACAGCACGUCUGGAAAGAAGGAGAAAGCAAGCAGGGACCGUGAGUCCAUCUGCCCCUGGGAGACCCUGGGCACAGAGCAGCUCCCAGCAAAACCCCGCGCCGGGAGCCCAGCGCUGCCCAAAUCGCCUUCAAAGAAGUCCCAGAGCGUGGAGAGCCUGAAGGCAGAGGUCUGUCCUUGGGAGGUUGAAGCCAGUGAUAAAGCAGAAAUCUGCCCCUGGGAGACGGCUGCUCCACCAAGUAAAGAGAAAUCAAGACAGGACAAAGAUGCUCUGUCCAUAGCGAGCAAAAGCCCUUCUACAAGUCAUGGUCUCUUGAAAGAGAUUGGAGACAGCACGUCUGGAAAGAAGGAGAAAGCAAGCAGGGACCGUGAGUCCAUCUGCCCCUGGGAGACCCUGGGCACAGAGCAGCUUGCAGACAAAUCCCGCGCCGGGAGCCCAGCGCUGCCCAAAUCGCCUUCAAAGAAAUCCCAGAGCGUGGAGAGCCUGAAGGCAGAGGUCUGUCCUUGGGAGCUUGAAUCCACUGAUAAAGCAGAAAUCUGCCCCUGGGAGGUGGCUGCACCUCUGCUGGAAGAAGGAGCAGCCCCGGGUAAGGCAAACCUCCCACCAAAAAAAGCAGGUGUCUCCAAACCACCAGAGAAGGGGAGCAGUGAGUGUGAGGCCAUCUGCCCCUGGGAGAGCCUGGGCACAGAGGAGCUCUCCCUGAAAACCGCUACAGGGAAAGAGCCAUCCAAGAAGUCCGACAGCACAGAGAGCAGGAAAUCUGAUAUUUGCCCCUGGGAAGCGGUAGAGCCCACCGGCUCAGAGAAGGGAAGCUUCAAACCCGGUGUCCACCCACAGGGAGCUGACAGAGCAUCCCCCAUUGGGAUGGGAAAGUCAAAGCUGGUGGCAGGAGCCAGCGCCGUGUCUGCGACAGUCCUGCUGAAAAAAUCCAAGGGCAGAUCUGACGGCGAGGCUGAGCACAAGCCCCUGUGCCGCAUCCUGCCAGGCAUCCAGCCCCCACGGAGCCCCAGGGCAGAGCCACUGCCUCGGGGAGCGAGCACGGCUCCCGCGGCGGGCAGCAGCCCCAGCCCAGGCGCUAGCGUAGCUGAAGUUUGUCCCUGGGAAACAGAAGAGGCUCUGCCAGCAUCUGACAAGACCAACACAGACACGAGGAAAACCUCCGAGGUGUGUCCAUGGGAGGUGGAGAGCAUGGAUCCCACCCCGACCCUCCACGGGCAGGGCAGAGCUGGGGCAAGCCCCCAAGAUGGAGACAGGGGUGUGAGUGAAACCAAAACCGAUAUCUGCCCAUGGGACCACGAGUAGCUCCCUCCGUCCGGCCACCAGCCAGGUGCUGACACAGCUUUCAUGAACAGAAAGUCUCGAGCUGAAAGCUGCUGCCUACCUGCACAGCCUGGACAGGGACAGAAGUGUCCACCAAAGCCAACGGCAUGGCCACACUCCCAGCAGGCUCCAGUGGUGGCCAUCAACCAGCCAGGCUUGGGGACCAACACAGCAAGGGGACAAUUAACAUCUCCUGCCUUCAUCAAAGCACUCAAGCCAGGCAGUAGCCAGCAAACGCCACCCAUCAUUUACCCACAGGUACUUGGUCCAAGCAGAGCACCCGAAUACAUUAAAAGACCCACGGUGCCAGCCUCGCUCGUUUCCACCAACACAGCAGACACAAAGCUGCAGCUUGCUAGCUACAGACCCUUGCCCACCAGCUCUCCAGUUGCAUGUCCUCCUACCACGCUGGGAGGUUUGUGCCUCCAGCACAGCAAGGAACGGCUUGCCUGGCACCCUGAAAUACGCAGUCCCGCAGCCUCAGCAAGCUGGACACUGAAACAAGGGGAGAGUCAAACUAAGGGCAGCAACAAUGCGACUGGGAGGAAAACAGCUUUCCAGAGUUCCUGCAGCCCAGCUGAUCUCCCCCAGCGCUGCUAUCGCCUCCAUUUUAAGCCAGGGUAGUUUCUGUAAGCACGGCUAGGACCAGGCAGGUUCCGAAGCCUGGAAUAAAGAGCCAUUGCUCCCAGCCAGCCCCACAACACAUUUUGCUUCUUUGAUACAAAGUCCUUUAUUUUCAAAUGUCCUCUGAAGUCACUGAGCCAGCUACAGGACUUCCACACGCGCAAAGCAAACCCUUCUGCUCCGUUUCAGUCCAGUGAUGCCAGCCCCGUGCUUGAACACUGCGCUUUGGCGAUGCCCACCACCAUCUUUGUUCCAUCACCCGACCUGGGUGGGAUAAACCAACCUUCGGGCCACUCCACUGCUCUGCUUUUAGAAACCUCCGCAUCCACAAAGGCUGAGAUAGGUAUUCCUGCUACUAACCUCCUCACUGACUAACUUCACGGCACUGCUACACUUCUAACUCUUGCAGCAACUCAGCUGUAAAGGUGUUUGUCUUAACUAACAAUACCACUAACUUUUCAAAGCACUUUGUUGUUAUUCGUUUCUUCUUCACUCGUACCGUGUGUGCAUGUGUGUCUGUUCAGCACGUGUGCAAACAUGCCCAGGGCUCACCUUCCCAUCACAGGAGAGGUUUUUCCAACACUUCCACUGGCACUAGCAAACCUCCACUUUUACAGCCCAUCUGUAGAAGCGCUGGAUGCCUUUUGUCAUCCCACAUGUCAACUUCUCCCUGUAUUUGCAAGACCCGUUCCUUUGGGGCAGAGAUGCAAACAGACUCCUGUAUGACAGAGAAGAUGCUGAGAUUGCAGAGGCACUACGAUCUCCAGAGCAUUGGACAGGGGUCCUGGUUUGCCAUUACUCCAGCCCACCCACUCCCAAAUGCACAAGGGAAGGGAAGCAGCCAUAAGCAUGGGGAGAAGCCUCAGGGUCAGGAAGGCAGCAGCUGGGAAACAACAAAGCCUCCAGCCUCCCCUGGUUCGUCCCUCUGCUCCACUUAGAUGGAAGCAAAUAAAAACAGCGACAGCAGAAGUGAAGGUUUUGGUUCUCACUCUGAUCUCCACACAAGGCUGGGGCUCAGAGCUCAUCCUGCCGUUCCUUUGUCAUUUACUUCCACUCUCCUCAAAAAGUGGCGUUGCUGUAGUGUGCUGUCAGUGGUCUUCAGCGCUGAAUGUCAAACAAUCAUCCAAUUGUGUAAGUAAGUGUACAUACAGAAAAUAAAAAGUAUUAUCUACA